AUGGUUACGGGGGAGUCGGUUGCGUGGGGGUAUAGGCCGUGGUGGAGUCGGGGGGAGCAGGUUAAGGCGUGGUGGAACGGCCCAAUCCAUCUCACCGACAUCGAACUCUCCGCCUACUCCGGCACCGACCCAACCAAACCAAUCUACGUCGGCCUAAAUGGCACGAUCUACGACGUCUCUGCCGGCCGCCACUUCUACGGCCCAGGCGGCUCGUACCACUUCUUUGCCGGCCGCGACGCCGCGCGGGCCUUCGUGACCGGAUGCUUCGAGGAGGACCUGACGCCUGACCUGCGCGGGGUCGAGGAGAUGUUUAUUCCGGUGGACCCGCCGGAUGCGCCGCAGCCGACAAAGGCGGAGUUGAAGAACAGGCGGGCGAGGGAGAUGAAGGUUGCGAAGAGGAAGGUGCGGGAGACGCUGGAAGGCUGGGCAAAGACUUUUAGGGGAGAGAGCGGGAGGCCGUAUUUUUUGGCUGGGGAGAUUGUGAGGGAGGAGGGAUGGUUGGAGAAAUUGCCGAAGAGGGAGCUGUGCGAGGCGGCGAAGAAGGCGAGGCCGAAAAGGAAGCAGGGCGAGUAA